AUGCUUCAGCAGUUGAACAACGGGGCCACUGGCCUCAAGUGCCGUGUCUGCCCCGCAUUGGCGACGGCGCCCCGGAUCGACGGCACCGGAGUCGGCCUCCGCGGGAGCACCCUUCAAUUCGUGGAUGGAGACGUUCUCCUCGGCAAUCAGGUCAAUUGCUUUUCGGGAAAUCUCACCUCCUCAUCCUGUGAAGUCCUUGAGCGGCCCACCGUGUUGCGAACUAAUAACGUAAACAGCAGAGGGCGUCAUCAUCCCCAUUCUCCACAAGUGACUGCACUACCACCACUUCAAGUGUCUCCGAUCUCUAUGACGAAGCAGAGAGCGCGGACCUGA